CCCAAGAUGGAGGCUACAGCUUUGCUGGUGCGGGGCCGUGGAGCCACCCUCAGGGAAGAAUCAAAGGCGUGCCUUAGCAACAGCAACAGACCCAACACUACACACAAUUUUACUUUUUCAAGCCUAGGGAGACAUGAGGCUCUUGAUAAGCUGGGAAGAUCAUCGCCGGCUCAAGGAGAAAAUGAUAGCUACUCAUCUCGCCACAUUGGGGAGAUCUCCGCUAUUGACGACCUGGAAGAAAGUUUGCAGAAACUUCAAGUCCAAGCGAACAGUUUAGCUGCCAGUCUCAGCUUCCGCCCAGAUCAAGAACGCACUUUUGACCUGGAACCUGGAGGUGACUCCAGUCCCUUUAGUUCCAGGUGGCUGGUGGCCUCUCCCGGGACCUAUAUAGAAUCGGGCAUUGGAGGCCCACCCAAGACCCCAGCGGAGGGAGAGUGGUACCUGAAACCAAAUCACCUGCUCAGAUCCUUAGGGGAUUAUUCAGCCCUGACCAGCCUGGGCCUUCCAACUUUUGCCACGUCCCCAGUGAACCGGGUGGCGGGGUUGCUGGGAAGCGAGAUUGCAAGUCACAAUGCUUUACCCCCCUCAGCAGAUUCCACUUUUCCAUUGAAACUCGGAGCCCCUCAUGUGGUCGGCGUCAAGUCCCUGUUGCCCCCAAAGAUCCCGGUCAGAGCGGGCUUGCUGAAAAGGACUUCUUUCCCACUUGACAGAGGCCAUUCACUUAGUUUUGGUUCCUCUGGGGCCGCCCACUCACCGUCGCUCUCUCCAGCCGCCAAACGCACCCGCUGGCGCCGAUCUCGGUCUCAGUCCCCGAGGCCCGCCUGGAGACCCAGCUCGGUCAAGGCAAAUGCCUGCGCCCAGCCUCCGCCACGGUUGAGCAAGCCCAGGAAGACAAGUGGAUCAAGUAGGCAGUCACGAUCAAGGAUAUACAGACUAGGGACAUUAGCCACCGGAUCCUGGACUGCCACCGGUGCAAUUGGAAAGGUGACCCGAAAUGAUCCUUGGAGUCCUUACAGUUUGCCAUCCGCUGCCAUCUCCUCACAUACGGCCCAGGAGAUCAAUGAACGGUUCCUGCAGACUCUCUCUGAAGGUGCCGUUGGCAGAGCCCUGGUGGAAAUGUCUCCGUACCAGCAAGAGUUGGCUCGUCUCCGUCUGGAGCACCUGCGUGUGGAAGAGGCGUGGCUGCUGGAGCUGAAGAGGCAGCAGGAGCUGGAACGCACCCGAGGUCCCAAGCCUAAAUGGUACGAAAUGAGGAACUCUCAGUUUCACUAUGAAGCCCGUAAGAAUAACGAACUGUUGAGAAACAGCCAGGAUGUACAGUCCAUCUAUAACUACAGGCAGCAGCUGGCAAUGGCCUCCAAAGAGUUCCAGCAGCGGCCCAGUUCCACCUACCUGAAGUCCCAGGCAUAAAAAAAUCUGCCUUGGUGAACCAGCACCAUCGGACCCAAGUGACUGAAUCCAGACACUGAUGCACUCCUAGGUCUUCCUGGUUACCAGAGCGAUACCAAGACAGUUACACAAAUAAGCCAGUCAUGUGCCUUUUGAGAUCCUCAAGGUGGAUUGCAGCUUGCUGUAUCCAACUCAGUCCCUUUCAGGGCCAGUAUUGCUUCCCUGCUUACUGCCCACUGCUGAAAUAGCCCCAGCCUGUCACAGACACCCCCUUACGGGCUUGAGAUCACCUUGCAGCAUAUCCUUUAUCCACCUUCAGGAGCCAGGCAAAAACGUUUCUUUUCUCCCUGGCGUUUGGUUCCUAACUUUGGAAGGCUUUUGGAGGGCUUCUGUUGUGUUGCCUUCCUAAGAAGGGUAGCUCUGCCGCCUUAUGUACAGUUUUUGUUUUUAACUUUAUAGUAAAUCUUUUUAUUUUUUAUUAACUGUUAAGUCACUGUGAGUGCACAUAUAUGUGUAGAAAAACAACUAACAAAUUUAAUAAAUAAUAAAUCAGUGGGGAAUGCACCAUCCUGCUGUCAUUUGGAAUGGUUUUAUUUUUUCUCUGAUAAUUGUGAUCACUAGUGAUCCAACUUCGGAAUGUGCCAUAAAUCUAUACUCUUUGAAGGAAGAAUUGGCAUAAAUAUUCCUUUCUUUGAGCAUGGAGUCGGUCUUCUCAGUUUGAGAGGCUCACGCUUUGUUGGCAUCCGGAUCGCCUUGUCAAUUCAGGCAGUUAAGACGGGUACCUCUGCUUUGCAUUGGUGCUUUACAUCAGCACUUCAGAUCUCCAGUGCUUUUAAGAAUUAUGCCUUAACUUGCCUUUUGCUGUUUUGCUGUUAUCAACUAACUGCAUUUAUUUUCUCUU